AUGACAUCCGCCUCGGAAAACCUGUCCAAAGCAUUGCCGCACAUGGCGAUGGCCACCAAGGCCAUCCACGCGGACGACAGUGCACGUGAGCCCUCCCAGCUCAUCCAGAUGGAGAAUAAAGAUCCCAAUGCUCCCGUAGGCUCCCAUGUCUACGGACGCUACUCCGCCCCUAACGCCAGCCGGUUCGAAACCGUCCUCCAGCACCUUUUCGGCGGCGGCAGCAUUAUGACCUACAGCACGGGACUCGCCGCCUUCCAUGCCGCCAUGGUGUUAUUGAACCCGCGAAAGGUGUGCGUCGGUCCCGGCUACCACGGCGUGCACAGCGUGAUUGAGCUCGUCGGCAAAUUGAGCGGCGUACAUAAACUAGGACUGGAGGAUCAAGACUUGGAUCAGCUGCGCCCGGGCGACGUUGUACAUAUCGAAACGCCCGUCAACCCCACGGGCGAGGUGCGGGACCUGGCCUACUACCGUGCCCGGGCCCACGCAACCGGAGCGUACUUGGUGGUGGAUUCGACGUUGGCGCCGCGGCCGCUGCAGGACCCUCUGUUCUUCGGGGCCGAUCUCGUGCUGCAUAGCGGGACCAAGUAUAUAGGCGGCCACUCGGACUUGAUGUGCGGAAUUCCGGUCGUGCAUCCGGAUCGGGUCCGUGAGGGGUAG